CUAAUGCACUCGGUUUUGCUCUCACUUCGUCUGGAGUAUUAGUGUUUGUGACUAGUAGUAGAAAUAUAUAAGGCCCGCCCGUUGAGCGACUAGAGCACAGUACUCUGGUAUACCUUUGCGAAUCUACACAUCUCGUUUCAGUAACUUACGUGAAACAUGAAACUCUUCGUCGUCGUUGCUCUGGCCCUGUUCGCCGCGGUAGCUGCCCAGGAUAAGUACACCACCAAGUACGAUGGUAUCGAUGCGGAUGAGAUCCUGAAGUCGGACCGCCUGUUCAACAACUACUACAAGUGUCUGCUUGACCAGGGCCGUUGCACCCCGGACGGUAACGAGCUGAAGCGCAUCCUGCCUGAUGCCCUGAAAACCAACUGUGCUAAGUGCAGUGAGAAGCAACGCGCGGGUGCCAUACGCGUGAUCGAAUACAUGAUCCAAAAUCGCAGCGAACAGUGGAAGGUGCUGCAGCAGAAGUACGAUCCGGAGGGCAAGUACAUGAACAUGUACCGUGAUGAUGCCAAGAAGGCUGGCAUCGAAUUGCCUGCUCAGUAGGUGCAUCUUCCUACCAAAAUUCCUACACCCAAGUCCUGCAGCCAUCUGGAUGCCAUCGGAACACCGCGGGAACACGUCGAUAAUCGAUCCUGCUCAACCCCCACGAUGUUGUUCAUCGUUUCUCUCUCUCUCUCUCUGUGCCACUUCUACUUGUGCCACUAAGGACGAUUAAGGGACAAUGGGACACGCUUCGACGUGUGCUCCAUGCCGUGUUUCAGUGAACCAUUUCAAAUUUGUUCCGGAUUGCAAUCGCUUGACGGUAACCGAUCGAUCUGCAUUACUGCACUCUGGCCAUGUAGUUCGUUUGCAUCACCUCGACGAAUACCAGUGAAGCGAUCAAUACACCGUGUGCUGAGUUUGCCAUUCUUACCACUUUCGUUGGACGAACUUUUACUGUAUGUGAUACGUGUUUUACUUCAUUCGAUAAAGCGGCAUUUACAAACGUGCGCCAAAUUACACUAGGGCUAACCAGAUGAACCAAAAAUAUAAAUAAAAUCGUUUUUACAUGAAAAAAUAAAUAUCGCGCAUUGCAUUUUGUGGAGCUUGAUGAUUAGAAA